CAGGUCCGAAUUAGCGAACCGUCUAUUGAUGCAAUCAAAAGAGGCUGUGUUCAUUAUGGAGAAGUUCGUCUUUUUAGCAUUUGUUGAUGUUCUGUUGGCUUCGCUAUUGAUGUUUCAGCCCGUCAUCUGUUCCGGCAACGUCACUGAUCACGAGGCUCUCCGCCACUUCCAAUCGGCAAUCGAAGUUGACCCACAGAACACCAUCAAAGGCGGCAAUUGGACCGUGGAAGCAAAUUUCUGUGAAUGGAUCGGUGUCGUUUGCAGCAACCGCAGGCAGAGAGUCACGGCUUUAGACCUCUCGUACAUGGGUCUCCAGGGAAGACUCUCUCCCUACGUCGGCAAUCUUUCUUUCCUGGCUUCUCUUGAUCUUCGCAACAACAGUUUCUACGGCACGAUUCUGAUAGAAAUUGGUCGUUUACGCCGCCUGAAGAAACUCAUACUCGAAGUGAACCAGUUCGAAGGAAACAUUCCUCCUAACUUAGCCCAGUGCCAGAACCUGGAAGUCAUGUCACUCGCGAUGAACAGGCUAACAGGUGGCAUACCAAGAGAAUUCGGCGCCUUCCCUAAGUUGCAACAACUGAAUCUUAACUUGAACGACUUACGGGGUCAAAUUCCGAGCGUCCUGGGCAACAUAUCCACAUUGCAGGCCAUUAGUUUGGUCAAGGCCAAUCUCACAGGUUCUAUUCCUCUAACACUUUUCAACAGAUCCCUCACGAGUGUCUCUUUGACGGAUAAUUAUCUCUCUGGAAGUCUUCCCUCUGAUCUUUGCUACCGUUGGCCUAACAUUCGGAGGCUUUUACUAUCUCUUAACCAAUUCAGCGGCCUGCUACCGGAGACCUUAACCCAAUGCAAAGAGCUUCUCGUGUUGUCAUUGUCAAUAAAUGGCUUUCAGGGAAGCAUUCCUCGAGACAUAGGCCGCUUGGAAAAGCUGCAGCGUCUCCUUCUAGGUGUGAACAACUUGACUGGCACGAUACCUCGAACCAUCGGUAACAUGUCAAGCUUGCAAAUGCUGGACGUAGGAGCUAACCAUAUCGGAGGUGACAUUCCAAGUGAGAUUGGCAAGUUGGUCAAUGUGAAUACAAUGAGCUUUGAGCAAAAUCUGCUAACGGGCGAAGUGCCUCGAGAGGUUUUUAACAUUUCUUUGCUCCGAGUGCUUUCUUUGGUGGACAAUUCCCUCUCCGGAAGCCUCCUAUCGGGUGGUGAACUGAGCCAUCCGAAUUUGGAAAAACUCUUUCUAGGAAACAAUGGCUUUGGCGGCAACAUCCUGCAGUAUAUCUCGAAUUUUUCGAACCUAGUCCACUUCGAUGCCGGACACAAUCAACUCAGUGGACCGAUACCUAAGAGUUUGGGCAACUUGAAGAACCUCAGAUACUUCGCGGUUCAGUCAAAUCAGCUAACAGGUGAGACUUAUGGUUCUGAGCUUGGUUUCCUCUCUGCUUUAUCUAAUUGCAAAUCGCUGAAAACCUUGGUCCUGGAAAGUAACCCGCUUCGCGGCUCUAUACCAGAAUCUAUCAAAAACUUCUCCAGUUCCCUACAAAUUCUAUACGCUCCCAAUUGUCAAAUAAGAGGUCACAUUCCCAAGGAAAUGGGUUUCUUGAAGAGCUUGACUUACAUAGAGUUGAGCGAAAACGAUCUAGACGGCAACAUCCCAUCAUCAAUCGGAGGACUAGAAAGCCUGCAAAGGCUGCAUCUUGAUGACAACCAUCUUGAAGGAUCAAUGCCAGAUGAGAUAUGCAACUUGACAAGUUUAGGAGAGUUGCGGCUCCGACAAAACAGGAUAUCAGGAUCAAUCCCGAAUUGCAUUGGAAACCUGAGCAGCCUUCAAGAGUUUCUCGUAAGUUCGAAUAACAUGACGUCGGUUCUACCAGUUAGUAUGUGGAGCCUUCAAGAACUCAUCUUCCUCAAUGUGUCGCUCAAUUCCUUUAAUGGAGGACUACCGUUUGACAUGGGGAAAAUGAGAGCUAUAGUGAGCAUUGAUCUUUCUUGGAACCGACUUACCGGUGCCAUACCGAGUUCCAUCCGGGAGUUGGAGAGCCUUGCUUCUCUCAACUUGUCAAGGAACUCGUUUCAAGGAUUGAUACCGCAAUCGAUCGGCGACCUCAAAGGGUUGGAUUUCCUCGAUCUCUCCUACAAUGAGUUAUCAGGCGCGAUACCCGAGUCCAUGGAAGGACUUCCAUAUCUGCAAAGUCUGCACUUGUCCUUUAAUAAGCUAUCAGGAGAGAUUCCUAAUGGCGGGCCCUUCAGAAAUUUUUCGGCUCUCUCGUUCAUUGGGAAUGAAGCACUAUGCGGAAAUGCGACUUUUCAAGUCCCACCUUGCAAACUAAAUGGAAAUAAAUCAAGGGACAAGCAGCUUCGGUUACUAUUCAUUAUGUUGCCAAUUGUAUCAGCUAUACUUUUAGUCCUCGUCAUUUGCUUACUUAGAAAGCGUGGGGACACUGGUAAAAAGGGUUCAAUUUUGGUGGAGAACCCACCUGGAAUUGACCACCCUAUGAUAUCAUAUCAGGAACUUUGCUCGGCUACUAACAACUUCAGCGAAAGCAAUUUGCUCGAAGCAGGAAGCUUUAGCUCAGUGUACAAAGGGACUCUGGCCAAUGGGACAGACGUUGCAGUCAAAGUACUAAAACUCCAUAUUGAAGGCGCCUUGAAAAGUUUCGACGCAGAGUGUGAAGUUUUCCGCAUAAUUAGGCACCGGAAUCUUGUCAAGGUGAUCAGCACCUGCACGAAUGCCGAUAUGAGAGUGCUGGUGCUGCAAUAUGUGCCCCACGGGAGCUUGGAGAAGUGGCUUUAUUCCAACAACUAUAACUUGGGUCUCCAUCAGCGAGUGAAGAUAAUGGUAGACGUCGCAACGGCGAUCGAAUAUCUCCACCAUGGCCAACCAGAACCCGUUGUGCAUUGCGAUCUGAAGCCUAGUAAUGUUCUUCUAAACGAGGACCUAGUCGCGCAAGUCUGCGACUUUGGAAUCGCGAAGAUUUUGGCUGAGAACAAGCUUGAAACACAGACCCGAACACUCGGCACGAUUGGUUACAUUGCUCCAGAGUACGGUUUGGAAGGAAAAGUCUCAACAAAAGGAGAUGUCUACAGCUUUGGCAUAUUGUUGUUGGAAGUGAUUACUAGGAAGAAGCCAACCGGUGAAAUGUUCGAUGCGGAUAUGAACUUGAGGCGAUGGGUAGGUGCAGCAAUUCCGUACCAAGUGCUUGACAUCGUGGAUAGCGGAAUCCUUAGCACGAAGCAAGAAGAUUUGACGCUCCCGGAACUCGAGAGCAUAGUUUUAUCGAUCCUCGAGUUAGGACUAGAAUGUUCAAAGGACUUGCCCGAGGAAAGAAUGGACAUGAAAACUGUCAUGGUUAAGCUCAACAAGAUCAAGUUGUCACUUCCUUGACAAAAAAAUAAGGUGGAGAGCAGUACGUAGAAUUUGGGCAUAGUAUCAUCUUAGUUUGUAGACAGUCAUUUCGUUUCGAAGGCAUUGUGUAUAGUUA